GCAUCGAUUAGUCAUAAGUGGUGACAGCUGGAUUCGCCAUGGCGAAGGAAGAUGAGUCAUGUGGGAACAGGGUUGGGAAAACUUAAGCCGCUGUGAGAUGAGCUGGAUCAGCCUGAAUCUGUGACCCGGAUUGGCCCCGCCCCUCCGUCCAGGUGAACUCUGACCCGGUUUGUGGAUCCAAGUUGACCUGCUGAGGCUGAUUACGGUGAUACUCAGGUGCUUUAAAGUCUGCCAUCACAUGUGAGCAUGAAAUGUAAUCGGAUUACAAUUAGGCUGUGCUUUUAAAGCGUAAACUAUAUUGAUGCCAGCUGUAGCAGAGCCUGUGCUUUAAACUCAGUCAUGUGACAGGGCUGUCAGUGUUUAGCCCCUCCCUCCAAUGACCCCUCUUUACACCUGAAGGUAAAACAAAACUUUCUGUAGGACUCAGAGGUCCCACAGAAAGUCCUUCCUGUCAUAAACACUACACUACCCAUAAUCCUCACAGCUAAUUCUCCCUAAACAGUCUGAAUGGCCCAGAGGAAGCCCUCUAUAAUUCUGCUGCUGUAGCACCAGCCCUGAAGCGCAGACAUGAAGAGAAAUGCAUUCUGGGAGUCGUAGGCUGAACCUCCAGAGUCUGUCUGCUUCCAGUGCCCCAAGCUUCUCACACAUGUGCUGCACUCUGUGUUCCUGAUGCUGAUUCUGAGCACGCUCACAUCGAGUGUUAGUGCAUGAGGUUGACAUGAAGGGGAGGAGCCUGGUGCUCCUAGCAGAGCUAGCAUUGGUCAGCUGUACUGCAGGUGGUGGGAGGUGAGCUCUGAUUGGCUGUUUGUAGCAUAAAACAGGAAAAAGCUGAGGUGUUUGCAACAGUUUUCUUCUUCAUGUCAGAGUGUUGCUCCUCCUCCUCGCCAACACCGCUCGCUCACAAUGGCCGACUGGACCGACUGUCUGAACUUCGGCAUCUCCAUUGCUAAACAGGCCAGUAAGGUGGUGCUGACAGCGUUCCAACAGGAGAAGGAAGUGAAGCUGAAAAGCUCUCCGGCUGAUCUGGUGACAGAAACGGACCAACGGGUUGAGAUGAUCCUCUUGUCUGCCAUCAGGAGCCAGUAUCCUCAGCACAGGUUCUAUGUCCGACCGACCUUCAACCCCUGUGGGCUUCACACCCAAAGCUUUCCUAAAAGAUGUGAAGGUCACAUGACCUCUGACCUGUUGGCACACAUAGUGCGUGCACUGGGCACAGCAGCGGUUGACAUGUGUCAGGUGGCGACGGGCGGUGCCGACGCCUACUAUCACAUCGGGAUGCACUGCUGGGACAUCGCCGCCUCCGCCAUCAUUGUCCGGGAAGCUGGAGGCGUUGUCAGAGACACCGACGGCUCAGAGUUUGACAUGAUGUCCCGAAGAGUCAUCGCCGCCAGCUCCGCCGCCGUAGCCAGUCGCAUCGCUCAGGUGAUCCGGCCGUUCCCCUGUAGCCGUGACGAUGAUGACCAACACAGGUGUGUGUGUGGGGCGACCGGUGUGAACAGACUGUAGGUCAGCUGACAGGAAGUGUGCUGCUGCAGUGAUUAGUGACACUUCUGUGAUCAAUGAACCAAUAAAAAUCUGCGUGCAAA